GGGGCGCCCCUCGCCGCCGCCGUCCCCGGUCCCGCCCCGCCGGCCUCCGCGGCUGCAGCGCGCUCCGUGGGGGCGGCCGGGACUGGCCCCCGCCCCCAGUCUCCCCGCCCGCCCCGUCGCCGUCGGGGCCGCGGCGUUCCCCGCGUCCGGGAUGCGGCUGGCGGCGGGGUGCCGGCUGCUGGCAGGAGCCGGGGACAGACGGCCAGGAAGGUGGGCUCCCGCCGCCGCCACGGCUCGGCGCCGCCGGCGCGGCUGGGAUUAGGCUCCCGCUCGGCUGCGAUGCGGAGCGGUGGGGCGAAAGCGGCGGGGCCCAGCGGGAAGGCGCCGGGCGCCGCCGGGCACUAAGCAGACGGCGGGCGCGGAGCCGCCGGAGCUCUCCAGGGUGCUGGGGAGCCGCCCGCCCGCCCGCGGGGAGCCGCGCUUACACCCCCGCUCGCCGCGCCGCGGAGCCUCGCCGAUGCCUCGGACACGACCGCUCCAGGGCUCGGCGGCGCUUCCGAGCAGCAUGGCCCGGAUGAGGUACCUCCGCACCGCUGUCUCGGGAUUUUAUCUGUGGGAAGCCGCGGUCCUGCUCAGCUUGGUGGCCACAAAGGAAACAGACAGUGCAAGAUCUCGGAGCAUGCCAAUGUCACCAUCUGAUUUCCUGGACAAGCUCAUGGGUAGGAUGUCAGGCUACGAUGCAAGGAUCAGGCCAAAUUUCAAAGGCCCUCCAGUUAAUGUCACAUGCAACAUAUUUAUCAACAGCUUUGGAUCCAUUGCAGAGACAACCAUGGAUUACCGAGUGAACAUCUUUCUCCGUCAGAAUUGGAAUGAUCCACGCCUCGCAUAUAGUGAAUAUCCAGAUGACUCUUUAGACUUAGAUCCAUCCAUGCUGGAUUCAAUUUGGAAACCUGAUUUGUUCUUUGCAAAUGAAAAAGGUGCCAACUUUCAUGAAGUCACAACAGAUAAUAAGCUGCUGAGAAUUUUCAAAAAUGGAAAUGUACUUUAUUCCAUCAGAUUGACUUUAAUACUGUCCUGUCCAAUGGAUCUCAAAAAUUUUCCAAUGGAUGUGCAAACAUGUAUAAUGCAGCUGGAAAGCUUUGGAUACACAAUGAAUGACCUCAUUUUUGAAUGGCAAGAAAAGGGAGCAGUUCAAGUAGCAGAAGGCCUCACUUUGCCGCAGUUUCUGUUGAAAGAAGAAAAGGACUUAUGUUACUGCACCAAGCAUUACAAUACAGGAAAGUUUACGUGUAUAGAAGUCCGAUUUCACCUUGAGAGGCAGAUGGGUUACUAUCUCAUCCAGAUGUACAUCCCAAGUCUCUUGAUUGUCAUUCUCUCCUGGGUGUCAUUUUGGAUCAAUAUGGAUGCAGCUCCAGCCAGAGUGGCUUUAGGCAUAACAACCGUACUGACCAUGACAACACAAAGCUCAGGUUCACGAGCAUCUCUUCCAAAGGUGUCAUAUGUCAAAGCAAUUGACAUCUGGAUGGCUGUGUGUCUGCUCUUUGUAUUUUCUGCACUUUUGGAGUAUGCAGCUGUAAAUUUUGUGUCGAGGCAGCAUAAAGAACUUUUGCGAUUCCGACGCAAGAGGAAGAAGAACAAGUAUUUUGAGGGAGUUCUUGAUGGAAAUGAAAUCAGUGAAUCAUUGCAGCAUAGCAAUGGCUUGAGAUGUACAGGACCUAUAGACGGGACUUUGCCUCAAAUCUACAGUACAAAUUUAAGGGAUGAUGAUGCGAGGGAAAGUCAAUUUAGCUUUACAGCAUAUGGAAUGGGCCCAUGUAUGCAAGCAAAAGAUGGAGUGGCACAAAAGGGGCCAAAUAAUCCUGUUCAAGCUGCACCAAAAAGCACUGAUGAGAUGAGAAAGGUAUUCAUCGACCGGGCCAAGAAGAUAGACACAAUAUCCAGAGCUUGUUUCCCAUUAGCCUUUCUGAUUUUCAAUAUUUUUUACUGGGUAAUUUACAAAAUCAUCAGGCAUGAGGACAUCCACCAGUAACAACAUUAACACUUGCAGCACAUGCAGAUCUGGCUGCCAUGUUCACCAAGAGGCUUUCUGUUAGAAAUGCACAUCAGAGGGGUGAUUGAGAGAGUUAAAACCAUUGAAGGUUUGGACUGCAAUGUCCAGUCACAAUAGAAUGGAAGAAUGACACCCUGAGAAGAUACAUCUGCUAUUGCAAACUUUUUGUGUCAAACUAAAUAUUAACAAUUUUUCAUUGUAAAUCACACUCUACUGAAGCUUUACUGCCAAGUGUUUAUAAAUAUUGUUACAUAGUGGUAUAACUGUACAGUACUCUUUGAUGUUCCUUAAUUUUUUAAUUCUGGUGUAUUUUUAAUUAAAAAAAAAAAAAAAAAUGGAGCCAGAAUAGCCUAGGUAGAUCUCACAGUAUUACAGAACAGUUUAGUAUUUGUAACCUUUAUUUCAAUUUUACAAAAUAAUGAAAAAUUGCUGAUUUGAGGUUACAGUCUUAAGGACUUUUUCUUAAGAACAGUACCUGUGGUUUUGCAAUGUGCACAUUUGACACAUUUAUGUUAUAUAAGUUAUUCAAUGUACUUCAUAUUACCGUUCCCCUGGAAGGUGUCUAUUGACAGAAUCUCAGACAGCACAAUCUACAGCCUAAUAGUCUGCAUAUCACAUGGCAAAUAUAUUCAAAUUUGUAAAGUAUUGAUUCCUGCAGAGGUUUGUUUGUUUUUUUUUCUUUUAAUUACCUACAUUGUGAUAACCAAAACUUACAAUAUUUUUCAUCCUUUUUAUAUUUUUGAAGGUUUUUUUCUCAAUUGAUAAAACUCAUAUCAUUUGUGAAAUAGACAAACUACACGAAAAUUUUUCAAUGCUUCAUUUUGAUUCAAUGCAAAGAGAUCUUUAACCAAAACUAAAAGCAUAUAGUCAACUGCUUCACUGAAACAUUUGGAGGAUAAGUACAGCUGUGUUUAUGCACAUUUAUCUCCUAUAUGUUACAUACAGGAAGCUUAAUUUAUGAAUAUAUCAAGUUUUCUGGCUCAUUCUUUGAAGUAUAUUGAUAUGACUUAGAUACUGGUUAAGAAGCACUUCACAAUUUUGAAAAAACAGGCAGCUCUUCUGAAAGAUUAAAAAGGAUCUGGAUGGUCUUUCAAAUUUACUGUACUUCACAUUAAUAAAUAGGAGAACAACUACGAAAACUACUACAAAUAUUUUACUUGUUUAGGAUUAAAUAGGUCAUACUACUUGCUUUGAAUUGUAACACAAUAGAUCACAAUUAAGGCAUAGCUUGUAGGCAAGAGUGCUUACUUUCCCCAGUCUUGCCUACUGAAAAACAAAAACAUCCUAAGAUAUGGAAAUCUGACAUUUAGAAUUACUAGAUACCUUAAGUUGAGUAGCUGAGGCUGUUUCUCACUGCAAAAUAUUUUUAUUUUGAACAUUUUAAACUUUUGGUUUGUUUUUGCUCAGAAUGUGCACACAAAAGCAAAAUCAGCUGGAGGCAAACAUCUGGUGCACUGCCAAAGGCACGGUGCCUAUGAAGUAACAGAAGCAAUGUAACUCUGCACAGAGGACUAUAACAUAGCAACCUUGGGUUUGGUUGAGUUUGCUGCUGUUUUCUUCCAAGGAUUAGUUAGAGAGAUUCUAAAAUAUUAGCUCUCAGAUUUUGUUUAGCUGAAAGAAGCUGUAUAAUCCUCCUUUAUUUUAAAACAGUACUGUUUUUUUUUCUAAUUUUGCUUCAGUUAUGAGCUGAAAUUAAUUCAAGUCACUUUAAAUAAUUAUUGUCUGCUGAGGAUGUGUCUUGUUUUUGUCGAUUUCUUCAUGUGCAUCUUCAAAAAAAUCCUGUUUACUUAUGAAGGUAUUCAUCCAUGUGAGGGGGCAUCAUGAACUAAUGGGUGACAUUUCAGUUGAGUUAUAUUAAUCUCUCUCAAAGUUAUCAUAGCUGUAUUGUGUGAAUUAUCUUUCAGUUCUUCUUUCUUUCUAAAAUGGCUGAAUAAAGAAUUAUUAAUUGAAGAGGUAAGUGCAUAAAAAAUGCUGGCCAGAUCAGAAUAACUCCCAGUUGUUCUAAUUUAUAACACUUGAGUACCUGGUUCACAUUGCCUCUUUCCCAAUUAUGCAAUAGUCUGUUGCUCUCAGACACGUAGUACUUCCUUGUUUUGAAAACAAAUUUGAGUAAGGCAGAGCUAAAUAAAUUUAUCUCUAAUUUUCUUCUCCACUCUUUAGCAUGGAAAAGGUCCAUGGUCUCAAACAGAGAAAUUAGAUAGGAAAUCUUGAAAGUGAUAAAUGAGAGAUUGGAUUACAACACUGUCAAAAUGUAACAGGGAGUCAAAAGGAAUGUAAAUUGUUAAGCAAAAAGGACAAGAUCCUUCAUUCAUAUAUGAGCCUGUUACCUCAGCGAGAGGGAAGAACCCUUGUGCCACAUUUCUCUUUGAAUAGAGUAUGCUAAUCUGAGGAAAAAUUACAGCACAUAGCAUAUAUAAAACGAAAACCACAUAUCUACAUUAUCAUUCUGUUCUGGCCUCCCUAAUAGCUUGUUACAAAUAUUUUCUAUCUAAAAUAAAUGAGGCCUGUAGAUUUAAUGAUGGGACCUAGUGCCCAGUGUUGUCUGCCAGGAUUCAUCUCUUCAGCCAUGUGCUAUGGUGAGAAAGUAUAUCCCUUCCUCUAUGUAACUGUGUUUCCCUUUCAUAGCCAUUCUUGUAUUGGGAAGUUGAGCAUAUCCUACAUUUAUACUGAAAAUGUAUAUAUAAUGGACAAUCUUCUAACAGGGCACAUUGAAAAUAAAGGUUAUUAAAUAUUUUUAAAAUAUCAUGAAAACUCUACAGUGUUGCUGGAAUAUUAUUUUAUUUAGCAAUCAUUGAUAACAAAAACAUUUCAGAGGGGAAAAGGAAAAAAUGGUUCAAUGAUGAUGUUUUCAAAUGCACAUAACAUUUGGCAUAUCAUCCUGCUGCCCUCAGGUAAGUAAAGAUUUUCUGUUUUGAUGGAAUGGAAACAAGAUCUCUGAUGGUUUUGUGGUUUUACUGGAACCAUAACAGUUGCCAAAGUAACAGCCCCUGCAGUCCACUAAAUAACAUGUUUUUUAAAAGAAAGCAGAAGUUAAUAUUUUAAUUUCAUUUAGAUUAUUCCUAAAUGACUUAGUAUAAAGUCACGUGGUAAAGAAAAAGAGAGAUGCAAUUUGAGAUCUUAAGAAACUUAAAGGUAUAACUGCUUGCUAUUCACCACUGACUAGAGGAAACGUCCAAAAAUGCCAGCAGGCAUGCCAGCCCUCUGUAUGAAGCUAAAAUCAACAGCUAUCAUCCUCAGCUAUGAUUAGUGUAGGAGAUGAUACUUUUGUAACUGUAUAAUGAAAUAGCAGGGAAUAACAUUGAGAAGCAAGAAAUGAAAGGUACUUUGCAGUAUUUAUCAGACUGCAAUACUUACACUACAGUCCUGUGAAAAAGGCAGAGGAGAGGCAGAAAAAUAAUCAUCAGAAUUAACGCUCGACGCAGAUGCUACCUAGCAGGGCUUCUGCUACAUCUAAUAAAGACCCCCUUCAUUAAGUUGAAGUAGACAGCUACCUCAACAUACUGUCACUGAACCUGGGCUCUGCAGAGUACAGGUCCUUAGCAAAACCGCACAAGAAGCCUUCUUGUAAGCACAACCCCUAUAUGACAGGCUAAGGCAGCUGUGCCCCAAGUCAUUGCUCACCAGCGAUGCAGACUCUGUGCUGUCCAGGUUGUGUUUUUGUGGUCUCUGUAGAUCAGCCCUGUAUUUCAAAAUACUGGCACCAGAAGAUCACUGCAACACAACGAAAACGGAAACUGUAGGAUCUGGAGGAAUUCCCCAAUAACACAGCUACCAAAGAGCUGACACAGUCACCAUGAAGUUGAAAGAAGGAAGAAUGAGGCAUCCUUACUACUUUUCCCCAUCCUCCAGUAUCCUCGCCAUAGGUACAGUUGUUCAGGAAGCAGUAGCUGCAGGGGGAAACAAUUUAUGUCAACUGCUGCAAAGUAUAUAGUCUCUUGGUACAGCAGUUUCUCCUGUAUGGAUAGAGAAUUGGCUUCCACACCAUCCACUUUCGUAAUGGAAAGAGGAGCGCAGCAGGAAGGUACAGGAUGACAAGCAGGGGCUGUACAUAGCAUAACAGGGACCACAGGGUGAGAAAAGUCCCAAAUCAGUGCCUGGAACCUCUUAUAUCAUGGUCUUUUCUUCCUGAACUAGAGAUGUGGCCACUUGGAAGGCCAAAAACUAUAAGACCUUGUGAGAGAAUAAGAAAGGUCCCUUAGAGGUGUAGUAGAUAUACUCCACUACUACAGUAUCAAACUUCUGCUUAAAUUCUGAACAGCAAAAUGCAUUUUAUUUUAAUACUAUAUUCAAAUAUCAACAAAACAGGCUUGCAUGUUAGAGGGCUGGCUUUUUUUCUCCAUAAUGCUGAUAAACGAUAAACUAGAGGAGGCUUGAAGAAGAAAGGGAAGAAAGAAUACUAGUGUCUUACUAUUUAGAAUUUAGCUAUUUUAACACCAAAAUGAAACACAUUCUACUUGCAAGGAGUUUUGACAGCAAGUACUAUUAUUUAAGCAGUUCGUGAAAUUCAGGGAAAACAAGGGAUUUAAUUAUUUUUUCAGCUCAAUAAUAUAUAGGUUUUCUUUGCAUUCUGUUCAUUAGAGUUUGUUCCACAACCUUUUUAUAGGCUGCUUUAUAAAGAGUCCUUUGUGAUGUGUGAGAGAUUAUUCUGUUUACUCACUAGAAAGACUUACAUGUAGGUGAUUUAGAUGUGCACUUUACAUUUAAAGCGUAAGGUAUUGCUUACACUUUGUACUAUAAUCCCUUACAGAACUGUAGGUUGAUAAUGUAGAUAAAAAUAGAAUACAAUAUAAUAAUCUGUACAAAACCUUAUAUUUUUAACCGUAGGGAAAGAUAAAAAGUCUUCCUUAACCUUAAAUAUAUAUAUAUACAUAUAUAUAUUAUUUUAAGCAAUAAUUUUCUAUUAGAUGGAAAUUAAUUUAUUUAUCCAGUUCCCAGCCCAAGCUGAGAAGGUUGGUUACAAAAGAUAGGUGUACUUUAUGUGCAACUUCUGCUCUCAGUUGAGCUAUUAUAGGAAUUAAUCUAACCCAACAGAGCAGAAUUUGGCCUUAAACUGUGAAACUGCUGAAUGAGCUCUUAAUUCUUACAGUACCCCUGUGAGGUAGUUAAAUAACUUUACCCACUUCUUACUGUACAAUCCUGUGGUUAUUUAGAUGAGAACAAUAUCAGAUCAUCAUGGCUUUUUUUCCUUUUUUGAGACAAUUAAGAAGAAAAAUACAAAUCACAAGCUAAGCUACUUGUUACUAAUAAAAUGGGCAUUCUGUUUUGGAGUUGUUAUGAAAAAGGUGCCUUCAGGCAACACAAAACACCUGAAAUGAUGUUUAGCUUGGAAAGCUUGUGGAAUCAAGUUAUAUUGCUAGAAGCAGUGGGUUAAAUGCCAGAAAAAUGUUGGCUCAUCCUGUAUUCUUGACAUUCUUGAAUAUUACUGCACUUCUUCACUUUCAUCUUUGUGAAAUAUGCAAAAAACAUUUAUUAUGUUUGUAUUUUAAUGUAUGACAGAGUGAUGCUAACAGAUGAAAUGGACUAAAGUAGCUACUGAUGUUCCAUGAAUGUGUAAUUGUGAGCUGUAUAAAAAUAAAUUGUGCCAUAAGCUUUUGACAUAAAGGUUCAACAUAAUAUACAGUAUUUUGUGUGUUAGUCAUCUCAGCUUUUUAAAGGCUACAGCAAGAAAAAAAGAAAAAAACAAUAUGAUAGUGUAUUAAUAAAUUGUCUGUGAGUUUUCAGAAUAUUCUCAUGUGAAUUCUGUCUGAUGUCAAUUUACUCUAAAAGUACUUCCUUUUUGGUAAAGCUCUAUAAAUGUGUUGUGCAUGGAUUUGAUUAAAUUCCUUUCUAUUGUAUUAUAGUAUCAUAUUGCACUUAAACUGACAUUCUCUGCAGACAGAAGUGUUAAAAGAUGUGAAAUUUAUGGUGUCACCCAUGUCAUUGUAGAUAUUUUGUUCAAAAAUAAUAAAUUUAACUUUUUUCAGAAA